AUGGCGACAAAGGCGGCUUUCAAAAGGCUUACUCGUGAGUACCGGAAUAUUCAAAAGAACCCCCCACCUUUCAUUGUGGCACAUCCGUCAGAGUCCAAUAUUCUUGAAUGGCAUUACAUCCUUACCGGCCCGCCUGGGACGCCAUACGAGAAUGGCCAGUAUUGGGGCACCCUAAUGUUUCCCCCUGAAUACCCAUUUGCCCCACCGGCUAUCCGUAUGCACACACCCAGCGGUCGUUUCCAACCAUCAGCCCGGCUAUGUCUCAGCAUCAGUGACUUCCAUCCGAAGUCGUUCAACCCAGCCUGGGAAGUCUCUACGAUUCUCAUCGGGCUACUAUCUUUCAUGACUAGUGAGGAAAUGACGACCGGUAGUGUUAGUGCUUCGGAGGCAGAACGAAGAGUGCUGGCUGCACGGUCGAGAUGGUGGAAUUCUACUGGUGGAGGUUCUCACGUCAGUAUCACACCGGGAAUAACUCCUAGUACAAAGGGGAUCAACAAUGUUAAGGCUGGAGAUGGGGGCUUGAAGUUCCGCACGGAAUGGCCAGAAUUAGACCAGGAGAAUUGGAAGUGGAUGAAGGACAAUCGUAUUGACACCAACACUGGCCAACUGAUCCCUGAACUUGGCUCCGCUACUACGAAAUGCUCUCCCGAAACCAGUGCUCUUCGCAGACGUCCGAAUGGAAGUGCACCCAGAUUUGGGGCCGUAAUGGAAGGCGGCCAUGUUGCACGAGAAGCAGGUCAGAGCUGGGCUCGGCGGAACAAAAUCUGGCUUGGUCUUGCAAUUGUAUUUGGGUAUGCUCUUCUUACAAGGCUGGUAAAUGAUGUGCAGGGCUGA